AUGUUGUUGGAGCCAUUGUGUGAGGUAUUGUCGCUUGGGGUAGUGGCGAGGGGGGCGUUGGUCCUGGUGGGGGCGUUAACGUUCGUCUAUAUUACCUAUAAUCGUCUGUUCCAUCCCCUUCGUAACAUUCCCGGUCCGUUUCUGGCCAGUAUUACCCCUUGGGUUCAGUUAUAUCAUGGGUUGAAAGGUGAUCGUCAUCUGUGGCUUCAUGCGUUGCAUCAGCGGUAUGGGACCCAUGUUCGCGUGACGCCUAAUUUCGUCUCCAUCAAUUCCACGCAGGGACUGCAUGAUAUCUAUGGGCAUGGGAAGAGAUUGAAGAAGGCCGACUUCUACAACGCUUUCCCGGCCAUCAAGGGCGUGUAUAACACGCACAAUGCCAUCGAUAAGACCAUGCAUGGUCGGAAGAGACGCGUGCUGAGCCAGGCGUUCUCGGACCAGGCGCUGAAGAGCAUGGAGGACGUCAUGCUUCUGCAUGUGCGGCAGCUCUGCGCGGCUCUGGGCGGAGAUGGCCAGAAGUCCGGGGAGCAGAAGCCUGUGGUCCGCAAUAUGAGUGAUUGGUUCAGUUACCUCACCUACGACGUGAUGGGGGAAUUGUGCUUCGGGAAGAGUUUUGAUAUGUUAGUUUCUAGUGGCCGGCGCAAGCUGAUCGAGCUGGUUGACCGGGCUGCGAAUCGGCACUACGUGUGCGGACUCUGGAUGCCGUUGGAUAGCUGGCAUCUGGACCAGAUUGUCAUCCAUCGAUUGACCAACGACCGAUGGAAUUUCAUCAUGAAUUCUCGUGUUGAGGCCAAUGAACGAGCCAAAGAGCGUACCAAGGCUGGCCAUGACUCCAAAAAGGAUUUCUUCUACUACCUGCUCAACGCCAAGGACCCCGAGACCGGCAAAGGGCUCACCACGCCUGAACUCUGGGGCGAAUCCAACGUGCUCAUGAUCGCAGGCAGCGACACGACCUCGACCACCCUGGCAGCCACCAUCUUCUACCUGGUACGAAACCAACGAGCCAUGGAUCUGCUGAAGAAGGAGGUCCGCGAGGCCUUUGAUUCGGUCGAAGAAAUUGUCACUGGCGCCAAGCUGAAUGAGCUGGUGUACCUGAAAUCAUGCAUUGACGAGGCGCUCCGUCUGGCGCCCGCGGUGCCCGGAGCAAUUCCGCGCGAAGUCAUGGAAGGCGGCGCCACCGUGGAUGGUGUUUAUUUGCCUGCCGGCACCGACUGUGGAACCCCAACCUACUCUAUCCACCGACAGCCCCAGUACUACCGGGAGCCACAGGCAUAUCUGCCCGAGCGGUGGAUCGAGGGAGCGACAUGCCAGACGGACGAGACAAAAUGGACUGUUAGCAAGGAUGACGUUGAGGUAGCUCGGAAAGCAUUCUGUCCGUUUAGUAUUGGGCCCCGUGGGUGUAUUGGCAAGGGAAUGGCAUUCAUGGAGAUGCGCCUCACGAUUGCACGGUUGAUGUUUCUGUUUGAUAUUGAGUAUGCCGAUCGAACAGGAGAGGACGCCGGAGGACAUUUGGCGUUGGUGGAUCAUUUCACGAGCGCCAAGAACGGUCCAAAUGUGCUGGUUUACCGGAGAUCCUGCAGUCCGAAUCCACGAGGCGUGUAG